GUGCGUGAGUGCAUGUAUGUGUAUGUGUGUGUGUGUAUGUGUGUGUGUGUGUGUGUGAGAGAAAGUGGUCGGGGUCUUCUUUCCCCUGACUGCAGCGCGGAGCCAGCUAGGACGUGCUUUCGUGCAGAGGCCGGUUGGAUGAACCAUUGGGGAGAGCGGCGAGCGUGUGCGACCGAGGGGGCAGCCUGGGAAGCCGCCUCCGCCUCCUCUUCCUCCUCUUCCUCCGCCUCCUCCUCCUCUUGGUCCUCCGCCUCCUCCUCCCGCUCCCCGUUGUUGUCUCCUCCUCCGCCGCCCAUGGCUAGGCACCGCCGCCGCCGCCGCUGCUGCAGCUGCUGACCGGGGCAGCUGGGCUGCGGCUUGCAUCCCCCGCGGCGGGGAGCGAGAGCCCCACACCCCCUCCUUCCUCCCCUACCCUUUCCCUUUCCCCAUCCCCACCCCCUUUGCCCCCCGCAUCCCUUCCCUCCUCUGCCCCCGCCCCUUUACCCUGCACCCCUAUCCCUGGAGGGGGGGUUGGGGAAGUGGUAGACGGAGAAAGCAAGGGGAGGAGAAAUUGGGGAGGCCAGUGAAGAUGGGGAACACUACGUCUUGCUGUGUGUCGUCCAGCCCCAAGCUCAGGAGAAAUGCCCACUCCCGGCUGGAGUCCUAUCGGCCCGAUACUGAGCUGAGCCGGGAGGACACAGGCUGCAACCUGCAACACAUCAGCGACCGAGAGAACAUUGAUGAUUUGAACAUGGAAUUCAACCCUUCAGACCACCCUCGGGCCAGCACAAUAUUCCUCAGUAAAUCUCAGACCGAUGUGAGAGAGAAACGUAAGAGCCUCUUCAUCAACCACCAUCCUCCAGGACAGAUGGGAAGGAAAUACAGCUCCUGUUCCACUAUUUUCCUAGAUGAUAGCACAGUCAGUCAACCAAACCUCAAGUAUACAAUUAAAUGUGUAGCACUUGCAAUAUAUUAUCACAUCAAAAACAGGGACACAGAUGGAAGGAUGCUCUUAGAUAUUUUUGAUGAAAAUCUUCACCCCCUUUCGAAAUCCGAAGUGCCACCAGACUACGACAAACACAACCCAGAACAAAAGCAGAUUUACCGGUUUGUUCGGACGCUGUUCAGUGCUGCCCAGCUGACUGCUGAGUGUGCCAUUGUCACCCUGGUAUAUCUUGAAAGGCUUUUAACUUACGCAGAGAUAGAUAUCUGUCCAGCAAAUUGGAAGAGAAUUGUACUUGGAGCAAUUCUAUUAGCGUCCAAAGUUUGGGAUGACCAGGCAGUCUGGAAUGUGGAUUACUGCCAGAUCCUGAAAGACAUCACAGUAGAAGACAUGAAUGAGCUGGAGCGACAAUUUCUUGAACUGCUGCAGUUUAACAUCAAUGUUCCUUCCAGUGUUUACGCCAAGUAUUAUUUUGAUCUUCGUUCCCUGGCAGAAGCAAAUAAUCUCAGCUUUCCCUUGGAGCCUCUCAGCAAAGAAAGGGCUCACAAGCUUGAGGCCAUCUCUCGUCUGUGUGAAGACAAGUAUAAGGACUUAAGAAGAUCUACGAGGAAGCGGUCAGCUAGUGCUGACAAUCUGGCUGCAUUGAAGUGGUCUCCAGCCAUCAUCUCCUAACAGUGGCAUGUAGGAUAUUCUUACAAAAAUACUGUUUUCACCCCUCUGGUUUCUCAUUUGGUUUGGGAAAACACAAAGACUCUGGGGGUUUUUGGUUACGUUUUUGUUUGGUUUUGUUUUUAAUCCUUAGCUCCGACAAGCUGCCUUUACACUGCCUCCUCACCCUGUGGCACACACGCAGCAACUUUUCAGUGGAAAGAUAAAUCAGUAUUUGGGAAAUCCUGUCUCAUGCCUCCCCCCCCCCACAAUGUCACUAACCUUUGGCGAGGGAAUGGGGGACUCUGCAGGAAGAAACGGAGGAAAAGGAAAGUAGUGUAGAGGCAAGAAAGAAAGAUAUAAAUGACUUUGUCAUUUUUUUUUGAGAUACCGUGCUCAUCAAUAGAUAAAUACAAAAUGAAAACAAAACAGGAGAUAAACAAGUUUGGAUGUACACUAAGGAAAAUGAGUGGCAUUGUUUU